AGAGCGCCAGAAAACAAGCUUGAGCGGGUGUUGCUGAAGUGUCCCUGGACAGACUGUCCCUUAUGACAGGAGUAUUGAUAUAAGCUGAGUGGAGCUACCCGCUACUUUUGACGAGGGAAAAAGCUGCUAUGUUGGGCUGAAGACGAUACGUAGUGAUAAGUCUGUAAAGCUGAGCCACAUUGGAAUAUUUCAUUCAUUCAUUCAACAGCUGUAAAGGUUUUCCCAAAUGGAAGUGGAAUGUCUGGCGCUGGAAGACCUCACAAGUCCGAGGAAAAGUUUCUCAGUGCAGCCAGAGGAAGAUGAAGGUCAAAGUGAACAAAAAGAAAACRUGCACACAGACAGAAGAAGAUCAACGCCGCUGAAGUCAACCGAGUCGCCUGUCCCCGUUCUGCUGGCAAACAAGAAAAGCUCGGCGCCCGAUCUGACCCCCAUCAAACAAACUGUCCUGGCAGAACCCUGGACCCCCACGGCUAAUCUGAAGAUGCUGAUCAGUGCUGCUAGUCUGGACAUGCAGGACAGAGAGAUGAAAAAGGUGCUGUUCAGACCGAUAGAGAACGAUAAAGAUAAGUCUGUGAGCUCGGACACUCUCGAGGAUCCGGAGGUGGAAGAUGCUUCUCGGUUUGAAGAGGAAGACGGAGAGAAAAAGCCAAGCAGGAAGCAGAAAAGUUUGGGUCUGCUUUGCCAGAAGUUCCUGGCUCUUUAUCCAGACUACCCCGGACCUCACAGUUCCAUCUGGAUCUCACUGGAGGAGGUGGCAAACAAUCUGGGAGUGGAGCGCCGGCGGAUCUACGAYAUUGUCAACGUGCUCGAGUCUCUGUCCAUCGUGGGCCGGUUAGCUAAGAACAGCUACACCUGGCACGGCCGGCAGCGGCUGCAGGAGACGCUGGAGGAGCUGCAGCGGAGAGGCCGGGAGCAGGGUUACCACCUCCAGAUGGAUCUGACCACUGAGACAAGGACGACCGGACAGAGCCGAGAGGAUGAUGGGGGGGAGGGAGACCCUGGGAAUGCUGGGAGCAACAGAAAGGACAAAUCUCUGCGCAUCAUGAGUCAGAAGUUUGUCAUGCUUUUCCUGGUGUCUAAAACUCAGACUGUAACUCUGGACGCAGCAGCGAAGGUCCUCAUCGAGGAGAGUCAGGACUCCUCGAGUCACAGCAAGUAUAAAA